AACUUUCAGACUGCCACAACAUAAAACAAAUGCAAAGUAAAUACAUAAUAUCAUACAAAACACAUUAAAAUCAAGUGUUAAUGAAGCCAACGUUAAAGUGAGAAUAAUCAGAAACACACACAGCUCCCGAUUGACUCUGCUUCUAGGUCAAACAACAUAUAUUAACCCCCCUGACAUGAUGAUCAUUAAGUAGUAAAUACAGUGUGUUUGCUUUAACAGUGUAGGUACCGCCUGUCUGUCACAUAUCAGCUGAUCACAUCGUAAGGGACCAUAACAGCUAACGCUAGCUCAACGUAGCCGCUGGUAGAAGUUAUGAAAGGACAUGGCGUUUAAUCCUGUUCGAUAAGGUAGGACAUUAACCAGGAAACAUGUAGUUUAAUGAUGAUCCUGUGUUUGUUUAGGAGACACAUUGCUGCCCUGCCUUAGCUAGUUAUCGCUUAGCUAGUGUAGCUAACCUGCGUCAGUGGCUAAGGAAGCUAACAGGCUAACUCACCUCAGUAUGCAGGUACCGUUAGCUCCAGUUAGCCAGCUGUUAUUAGCCACACUGGCCUCAUAUCGAGAGGGUGCUUUAACGAGGCAUGGACUGUGCUUUAGAUCCUGGCUUUGGUUAGGAACUGAGAGAGCGUCUGGCCUCCAAACCAGAUUGAAAGCUUUACCUGGAGACUAACUAUGUGUUAUCUCUGAGAGAAUGGGUGGAAGUGGAUCCAAAGCCAAAGGUGUCUGGCCUUUCUCGGGCAGUGGAGCUGGAGGAGAUUCAGCCAGUGAUGGGAACGAGCAGUCUGUGGCCCGCCUCAAAGGGUCCAGAAGUGCAACACCGUUUGUUUUUACCAGGAGGAGCUCUUUGUACUACGACGAGGACGGUGACCUCGCCCAUGAAUUCUAUGAAGAGACGGUGGUGACAAAAAAUGGCAGAAAAAAGUCCAAGUUGAAGAGGAUCCAGAAAAAUCUGAUUCCACAGGGAAUGGUGAAGCUUGACCACCCCUGUAUACAUGUAGAUUUCCCCGUCGUCCUCUGUGAGGUGUGAGAAGUUGCACAGGACUGAUCUACUAUGAAGUGCAUCCACAGGUGUACUCUUCUCGGAGCAAAGUCUUGUCCUAGUGUCCAAGCAUUCAAGUCAAGACUGGAGCUGUGGUCUGGAGAGAAAACGGAAAAUCAAACUGUCGUAUAAAACUGAUAUAUAUUGAAUGAGAUGUUAUACAUUUGAAUUCAACUUUGGUCAGAUGGUGCCCUGUUCACAAAAAAUCCAUAUUUUGAUAUUCACAAAAGUAGUGUCGGUACAGGUUGUGUGUCCACUACCCAGCUGAUAUGUAAGCAGAAUACAUCAAAUGAAGUUGUAUUUCUCUUGUGAGUUUCUUUGCAGGGAAAAACAUCCUUGAUGUGAAAAGGCUUUAAUGGUUUAUGCCUUCUGUGAGCCGUAGAGUGAAACUGUAUGUGUCUUUAUGUGUACAUGUGUGCACUUAGGUUUGUUUGAGUGACUGUGUGUGAGAGAGGGACUGAAGAUGUAGUUACAGGGUAGGAUAAUGAAGGAUUGUGAAAUUUAUUGUAUAUAUAGUCAUGUUCUGUAUUGUCACGUCUGAGUCUGUCUCAGUUACCGGAGCUCAGACCUGCACUAGUGAACAUAAUGUAUUGUAAAUAAUAUCAGAUUUCUUAGUUGGAAAUACUUGAAUAAAUGGUUUACUGAGCUGAA